AUGGAAGGCCGUGGCAGGCCAAGCUACUUCAACAUCGGUGAUGUGCCAGGUGAGCCUGGUAUGAUCCGAAGGAAUAGUAGGUCAGACGCUGCGCCGCCUUACCAGAGGCCGAGAGCAAGCAGUGUGCCUCGGGGUGCUGUUUUUAGUCCGGUGUCGAACUUGUCGGCUCUGGAACGGGGUAUGCAUCCAACCGGAAGCCCGGUGGUGGGAAGCCCAGCUGGCUCGCCGAACCCUCUUGGAGGUGUGUUGCCACCCCCACCAGGUUUGCCAGAGUUUGGUGGAGUUUCGCCAGUGAAUGCACCAUCACCGCCCACCGUGGAGACGUUUCUGUACCAGACGGUGCAGCAGCAGCAGCAAGUUGCCCAGCUUACGUCUCUAGUUCAGGCUCUUGUGAGCAGGGAAGUGCCUGCGCCACCUACUGCGAGAGGCAAGGGCCACGGUGGAGAGCUUAGCUCCAUCUCCGAUUCGUCGGGGAAAAUGGAGGUUGAUGAGGGAGGUGCUCCCAUCAGGAAUCCCAAAGCUGAAGCUUAUGUUCCUAAGCUGCCUGCGAUUGAUGGUGGAAAGAUGAGCAAAGGCCGUCGCUCGGAGAUCGAAGGAUGGGCUGAGUUCCUGGAGCAAUUCCUGCCGUGGAUUGCUCUCUUUGAUGAUAGGAUCCCGGAAGAGCUUCAUCGAUCGAUUGCUUCUGAGGUCACCAUCAAGCAGUCAUCGCUUGAAAAGGGACAGAGCGUGCGUUCAACUAGGACCUUCUUGUACCUGAAGCAAGCGUUGCAAGGGUUUGCUCGUGGGCUUGACUUGGUUAAGCAAGUAGAGAAGGAGCAGCUUGGCUCCCCAGCUGGGUACGAGUGCAUGAGGAGGUUGCAUCAGGAGUUGUCUGUUGCGAGCCGCAUCGAGGCUUCGACGCUUCGGAAUGAGGCCCUGCAGUACCGCGCGAGCACUCCUGCCAAUCGUCCACUUGACAUGUUUCGAAACAUCCAGUUGGAGCUUGCCAAGUUUACCCGCUUGACCGCAGGGUUUCCAGAUCUUGCGUUGAGUGAGGCAGACCGUUGCAUGAUUGUUUUGAGAAACCUUGAUGUCGAAGUGAAGAAGUAUGUUCUUUUGCAUGCUAGGGUUGACUCCAUGGACCAGCUUGAGACUGCUUUGAAGUUUUAUGAUGCCAACCUUAAGAUCCUGAAUUUCCAAGAGAAGGAAGGAAAGGGAGCAGCAAAGGAUCACGCGAAUGCUUUGACCUUCGGAGACAAGGGAAAGGGCAAGAAGGGUGACAAAGGAAAGGAAGAAAAAGGAAAAGGAAAGGACAAAGGAAAGGACAACAAGAAAGGGAAUGAGAAAGGAAAGGAAGAAAAAGGGAAAGGUGGAAAGGACAAAGGCAAGGACAAGGGGAAGACUGUAGCCGCAAAGGACGGCAAGCAAGGUUCUGGAAACGACAAGGAGAAGGAGAAGGAGAAAGCAGAGCGCUUGAAGAACGUCGCGGCUGCCUCUUUGGAGCCUCAGAUUUUCGCAGCUGCGGUUGAUCUGAGUUGUCCGGUUGUUGAGCUUGAUGAGGAUGAUUGCUCGGAUUUUUCCCAGGAGGAUUGGGAGGAGUUCGUUGCAUCUUAUGAGUGUGCUUGGUCGGAGCCUGUUGUGCUUGAAGGCGGUGAGCCUGUUGCGCUUGAGGGUUCCAUGUUGCAUGUUGCGCUUGAGAAUUUUCCUUGUGACAACCCAAACAGAGCCACAGUUGAGCUUGCAGAGUCCCGCGGUGUCCCAAACAGAACCACAGUCGAGCUUGCAGAGUCCCACCAGGUCCCAGACAGAACCACAGUCGAGCUUGCAGAGUCCCCAGAGUUGAGCUUGGAAGCAGGUCGUUUUGUUGCAGAUUUUCAAAAUGUCGUUGAGCAUGACAUGUUGCAUGUGGUAGGUAGAGCUGACCAUGGCAUGGUAGCGCACGAGACAGCAGCAGCCAGCCAGCAGCAUGACACCAUGGAUUGGUGGCUCGUUGACUCCGGCGCGUCGGCCCACAUCAUCAACGAGGACACUUUGAGCCGGGUGCAAGUUGUGAGCCACAGUGAGUCUGCCAGUGAGUGUGUUUCUGCAACGGGUGACAGCAUUGGAGUUCGGAGGUCUGCGGUUGUCAGGGUUCCUUUCGUUUUGGUUUCGGGCGAGACGGUGGUAACAGAACUCCAAGUGCUUGUUGCUCCUGUGAAGUUUAACCUGCUGUCCUUAGGGCGUUUGCUGGGCAAGAGCUGGGUUGUGGAUUUCCUGCCAAGUUUUAAAGUUGAGGCCGCUGGGUACGUUCUUCGCACGAGAUGGGUCUCCAAUUGCGGAUGGGUUUUCUCGAGUGCUGUUGAGCUUGACCGUUCCGUUGCAGUUGCCGCCCGAGCGAGCUUGAAGCGUAGUGACGGCUGCGCUCCUUCGUCGGGAAAGCCUUCUAAGAAGGAUGAGGAGGAGCAACCGGGCACCCGAGGAGUCCUCCUCCGACUCGGAGCAGGAGUGGCGCCUUUCGGGUCGCCGCCACCUGGCGGAGCAGCACGCGGCGACUGUUACGAGGACUCACGAGGAUUUCGAGGGAUCCACGAUCGCCUUUACGGCAACCUCGAUGGUGGGUCUUACGCCGGGCCUGAGCAGGCAAAGGCAGCUGCGAAAGCAGCGGCGGAGAAAUUCGUGAAGGAGCGCCAGGAGAGCGCCCAGUGGGCCAAGGAAGCAGAGGAAGCAAAGAAGAAGAGAGCCGCCAAAGCCGAGGCAAAGGAGAAAGCAGCCACAGAGGCCGCGGAGGCAAAGAAGAAGGCAGCCACAGAGGCCACGGAGGCAGAGAAGAAGGCAGCCACAGAGGCCGUGGAGGCAGAGAAGAAGGCAGCCACAGAGGCCAAGAAGAGGGUCGCCGAAGCAAUCGAGGUCCCAGAGGUCAAGAAGCCCAAGGGCAGUGUGGCCAGAGCAAAGGCGGAGCCGUCUUCGGGGUCAAAGGACCCACCGCAGCCACUGGUGAAGAGGCAGCCCAAGCCGCCCGUGGUGAAGGCAAUGCCAGCCAAGGUCCGAAAGAUCGUCUUGAAGAGCCGGGCCCAGCGCGGGAUUCCCGGGCAGACGGAGACUGCGCUGAGAAUGCUUUCGCAGCGAGCCAAGGAAAAGAAGAAGCAGGGCUACCUCAUGAAGGCCAUCAACAACGCCAUGAAGAAGAAGGCCGAGGAGCAGAAGGGCCCUCCGGUGCGGAGGACAUUGGAAAAACACGUCAAGGACCACUAUGCGCAAAUCAAGGGCCUGGAGAUUCCUUUCGUGGAGGUGACGAUUUCCGAAGUCAUCAAGGAACCCCCAGGACCACCAGGAUCGCCAAUGGUACCGCAACCGAGAACACCACCUGCGCGAGCCAAGGUGGAGGCCGCGCGUGCAGCAAAGGUGCCACAGAUAAAGGUGGAAGGAGGCAUGGAGAUCAAUCCCCCACCACCGGUACCGCCGCGGAGGAGGCUUCCCACGCCACCGAGAGACCCGAGGUCAGCCGGACGAGGGGCCUCUGCGCCCUCAGAGUGGUCACCUGUGUCCAGUCUGCCGCCAUGGUCACCAGUGUCCAGUGUGCCGGUGGAUGCAAGGGCCAGGGAAACCCCAGCCGAGACGAGAGCCGAGGAGCCCCCAGCAGAGAGGAGAGCCGAGGAGCUGCACAUCGGGGACGACGGCAAGAUCUACAACUCGCGGGGCGAGGUGGUGGAGCUCGAGAGCAUCGAGAUAGACGCCCACCAUCCAGGAAUAUCCGAUGGUCCUUCUUCCUUGGGACUCUCGCUUCUGAUGCAAGAAAAGGUUGCGUUUGCAUGUGAGCAUGAUGUUGCCGUUGAGCUUGGUGAGCAUGCAUGUGUUGGUGGUUUGGGUGAGCAUGAUUUGCAGCAUGGUGAGUUGCUUGAGCAUGUUGGCCAGGACCGACCACAGCGUGACCGGAGCGAGGCCCAUGAUAGCCAGAGUGAAGCAUGGUUGCUUAGAGGGGAUCGGGAACUGUUGUUGCAGGAGAGUUGGGGUAAGCUAGAGCGAGAACAUGUUCUUAGAUCGCAUGUGCCGUACAAUGCGUCUUGCCCGCAGUGCGUGCAAGGUCGUGGGCUUGAACCCGCCAGAAGCCAGGAUCGGCCCCAGGACUCAGGGAUGAGAGAGGUGCAGAUAGAUAAGUUUUUCUACAAGGGCCUCGCUUUCCUGGUGUUGGUUUUGGUUGGUGCUUUUGCCCUCGGUGUAGUUCCGUACCGUGAGGUGAGCGGAUCCCGAGGCCCAGCAGCCAAGGAAGCCAUGUUGAGUGACAUGUCGGCAUGGAGUCGUAGCGUUGGCUUGGUUGGUGUUGCUCCCAGUGAGUUGACGGUGAGUGUGAAGUCGGACAUUGAGGGUGUUGUGAAGAACCUUGCGCAAAGUUUUGCUGAUGGUUUGACCGCUGGUGCCAUCGAGGUUGUGGAUGCCCCUGUUGGUCGGCAUGCUGUUGUUGCAGAGCGUGCUGUGAGGACCAUCAAGGAAGGUGCAAACACACUGUGUGCUGGGUUGGAACAGGUCGGCUUGGAGCCCUGCGGGAAGGGUGUUACGUAUCUUUUGAUGCACGUUGCCCAGGUCUACAACCGGUACCAGGUGCAUCCUGGAUCAGCGCUGUCCCCAGAACAGCGGUGCUUGAAGACCACCCGUGGACCGCAUGCCGCCUAUGUUUGGGGUGCUGCUGUGCUUGCCACUCCUCCUCCCUCUUUGCGUGAUAAAAUCACCGGCCGUUACGGCCACGCCGCCUACCUUGGACCAGAGGUCGGAAGUGGAAGCCACAUUGUGCAGUUUAGGCUGCGGGAUGGCACUUUGAAGAUUGCGAGAAGCGCAAGAAUCCGGAUGUUGGUUCCUCUCACUUUUGAGGUGUCGAGCUUGAAAGGUGUUUGUCGCAUGUUGCCCGGAAGAAGGGAUGAUUCCCAGAAGAAGCUCCCCGAGAGCAGUGGUGACAAUGUGCGCGACCUCCCGUUGCCGAACACCGCAACCCGAGGACCACCACCAGAGUGGAUUGAAGAAAACGGGAGAACCCCAAGGUGCCGAGCUUGCCGGCUGCGCGGUUUUCCAGCAGAUAAGGCCUGGCACACCCAGAAGUGCCGUGAUCGAUACGCUGAGUUUGUGAGAAACUCUUUCGAUCCCAGCCGGGCAAUCCUCGAUCAGGCCCCAAUUGAAGAAGAAGUGACCGGGCGUGAUGAUUUGGGUGCUGGAUUUGGUGUUGAUCUUGGGCUUGAUGUGCCGGAUGAUCUUGAUCCGUUCCCGAAUUUUCCAUUGGAUGAGGAUUUGGCUGAGUAUGAGCCCAGUCUGCCUGGAGUUGAGAAUGAAAUAGAGCUUGGAGAAGAACUCGAGCAGAUCGAGGCCCCGAGCCCAGGCGAGCUUGAUUUCAUGCAAGUUGAUCCUGAACCUCUUGAGGCACUCCCUGAAGAAGAGCGGGAGGCCAUGGUGUCCAGUAUGAUGUACCGAGAGUCCAUCGCCUUUGCUGGUGCGUCGGUUUGUUUUGCGGGAGCCGCCACCAAGGUUGACUUAAACUGGGUGAAUGUGCUUACUGUGAGUGAGCGUGAUGAUGGUGCCAGUGCACAGACCUUGCUUGAGCUCAAAGCCAUCUUUGCUGAGCAGAUCAAGAAGACGUUUAAGAUGUCUCUGGCUCCUUUCGCUGCCGAGCGUGCCAUGGUGUUUGGCCUGGUUGUGGAAGUGCAAGAGUCGGGCCAGAAGAUGGCUGUCUUUACUUCUGCUUACGGAUACGUCUUUACUUCAGUGGUGGUGUUGAGGACUCGUCACCUCCAACUGCUGGAUCCUCGGGAGUCCGACGAGUUCGUGAACGCUCUUCGGAGCCUUCUUGAUGACUUCAUCAGCAGAGAUCGUGGAGCCUGGGCACCAUUCUUCUUGGAGGCGCUCUCGCAGACUUGUCGGGCUAUGGGAGAUGAAGACUGGGAGGUUCUCACUCGUGCAGAGGACAACUAUGCUCGUGGGCGGAGAUUGGGAGUGGAUCGACCCUUUCCUCGCGUAGUGGCGGUCUUCAGGCCAAAAGGGGAGUGGCGAGAGUAUGAUGAGUCUGAAUUUCAAGCGAUCAAUGAGAACUAUUCUUCGGCCAAGGCCGUACCUGAGCAGCUGAAGAAACAGUUCGAGGAGGAGGAGGCGUUUGGAUUCAUGUACCCAUUGUCUGAGAAGGAGGCGCGGCAGGGGGCCUCGCUUUUCCAGAUGCUCUUCGCGGAUGACCUGCAGAUCAUGGCGGGUGGAGAACAGAAGUACCACGACCUUUGGGUGUUUCGCGGGGGAGUUUGCUUGGAUUAUGUGGGUUUCUACUUUGAUUACUUUCGGUUCAAAGUGGGGCUGUCGGAGCGUCGGGCGAGCUGGCUCAUCGAGUUCAUCGCGGAUCCGCAGAGGGGCCCGGGGAUGAUUGACCAUCGGCGCUUCACUGGAAAUGUGGGGCGAUUAGUCUACGCUGGGCAAGUCCUGUAUUGGCUCCAGCCGUUUAUGAGGCCGCUUCAUCGCUGGAAAGCUGCCAUCACCCCUGGAACUGUGGCUCUGGUACCCCGUAUGGUGAUGGUGGUUCUCCGCUACAUCUUGACACUGCUGCAAGAGAAGCAUUAUCUUGUCUGCUGUAAGUCACCACCCUUGAUGCUUCGCGAAGCAUUUCGCACGGACGCGAAGGCAGAGGAUGACUUCUUCGUGCUGGGUGGAUGGGAAACAUUGCACAGCUUUGAGCCAAAGAAGUGCCGCUGGUUUUCUGUCCGGGUCUCUGCUGCUGAUUAUCCUUUCUUGUUUAAUGCGCAAGGGACCGCGAAAGGAAUGAGCACUGUUGCCGAGCUUCCCGCUACGUGGCUGGGGCUGCACUUGUUCGGAUGGCUAGAUGUGACUGGGCAGAGUUUCACGGUUUCUGCUGGGACGGACAAUCUGGCGAAUGAGCUGGUCAUGCGCCGUCAGGGAACCACGAAAUUCCCAUUGACGUAUGUAUAUAUGCAGCUGGAGUAA